GGUGGGAAGCAGGCUCAAGGAUUAUGUCGAAACUGUUGGAUGUGUUCUCGUGGAUCCUCGCGCUGAACAAAAACAAGGAAGAAAGGAAACUUUGGAAGAGAGUACAGGAUGCAGAGGCACCCCAUCUCUGAAUUGACGUGGGGAAAGGAGCGAACCAGAAGACUAGCUGAGUGGGAUGAGAAGCAGCAGGAAAAGUCAGAGUUGUGGGCAGAAAGAUUCAAGAUCAAGGGGUUGGAGGUGUAUGACAGGUUGUCCAGGGAGACCUUCCAGAAGCUGACACCGGCAAGAACCGCUCCGGUAUUAAAAGAACUCAGACACCCUUUUGACUCCAGUGAACCAGCGGCAGUGGAACCAGAGGAGUUAUGCAGGUAUGCAGUGGUGUACUACCAAGACAUGCUAACAUCAAGAAGGCAGGGGGAAGGCCCAGAAACGGAUCUGGCCGCCGACUCUAACCACUGGAAUAACACGACUGUGAGGCUGCACACACAGGGUCGCCUAGACCUAGACAGACCAAUCACGAAGGUGGAAGCAGAGGAAGCUCUAAAAGCUAUGGCGAAUGGGAAGACCCCAAGAAAUGACGGCCUCCCGACAGAGUUUUACCGGCAACAUUGGAAUUUGCUAGGGGACGACCUCAUAGAGAUCUACAACGAGAUGCAGAUGGGAGGGAAGUUGCCUGAAAGCGCAUGCGGAGGGAUAAUAUCUAUUCUAUUCAAGAAGGGAGACACAAGCGAAAUUCGAAAUUGGAGACCAAUCUCGCUGCUCAACGUAUCCUACAAGAUCCUGGCGAAGGUAAUGGCGCGAAGGUUAGGCAGAUAUCUAUCGGACCUCAUGGAAGAUGAUCAGACAACUUUCGUCAGAGGCCGCUCCAUCUACGAAAACAUCGUGACGGCGGUGGAAGUGUUAGAGGUAGUGAGUGAGGAGGAUCUAGAAGUCAAUGUCCUGUUACUAGACAUGGAAAAGGCGUAUGACCAGGUAAACUGGUCAUACGUCCUGACCUCCCUCAAAUGGAUGGGGUUCGGGGAAGUCUUCUGCAAUUGGGUAGUAGGCCUGUAUGCAUCGUCCUCAGCUUCAAUUAUGGUAAACGGGCACAUCUCAGCGUCGUUCCGGCUGUCACGAUCACUGCGUCAGGGGUGCCCCCUGGCGCCUCUGCUGUUCGUGGUUCACCUGGAAGUUCCAUUGAACAACAUCAGGACCAAUGCGCAGAUUCUGGGUAUAGACGUGGGGCAGCGAGCAUGCAAAGUAAAGGCGUUGGCGGAUGAUAUUUUUGCGGUCUCAGCCAACACAGUGGAAUCGUUGAUGGCACUGCGAUACUGCCUGAGACAGAAUGAGGAAUUGUCAGAGGCAGCGAUAAACUGGUUCAAGUAUAUGUGUUCUUGUUACCUCGAAGGUACUCCCCUGCGGUAGACUGGGGUAUGAAGCGAGUACAAAGCGUCGAUAGC